AUGAGACAUAUGUUAAGGCAUAAAAGAAAAGUGACCAACCUCCUUCCAUCGAAGUUUACAGCGCCGAGCCAAAGUUCCGGAUCGCAGAGAAGAGCACCGCCCCCUGCUCCUUUAUACGAAGACCUGCAAGACCUGCCUAGAAGACCGCCUUUGCCACAGAGACCCGAAAUCGAACCACAAUUAGAGAUGGUGGAGACAAAGAGGCCCAAUUGUCAAGGAAGAGUGUUCGUUUGUGGUACGGGCGGUUCUUGGCGAAGUGGGAACCCGUGCAGCAAUAAUUGCAACGCACCAGUUUAUGAAGAACUCCCUCACAGAUCAGAUGACUCAGUUCACAGUGAUGAUCAUUUUGCUGAAGACGAACUAAGUCUAGUUGGUGAUGUUCUUCCUUGCCGGACCUGCGCUAGACCACCACAAUCUCUCCCCCAUCGACCUCGACAGCAACGUCUUGAUCGCCGACCAAAAUCGCUGGAAAGACGACGAGCACAUCGAAUGCCGAGACAUGUCCAUCCACCGGAUCCCUCGGAAUUCCACGAAGGAGUUUUACUAGAUGCCUUGCUAAGGCUAUAUCCUCAAGUGGGCACAGUGGGUGCCAGACCACCUGGUCCGAUACCUAUGAGCGCUGGCGGUGCUUGGCCUGGAGGUGAACUACCUGGCAUUGCCUGCUGGAGAGGACCUAGAGCGUCCCCCAAGCCCCCCAGUGGAGAUUCUUCCUUCGGGUCUGAUUCAGGUUACAGCAAUAACACAUGUGGUACCUGUGGUACCAGGGCCUCAUCUAAACAUAGAUUAUCAGCGGAAAUUCCGUUGUCAUGA